CGCCGGUGCGCUGUGUCCCUUGGACACAGCGGAUCACAGAAAGAGCCGAAGAUGUCGGCUCGGUCAUGUGAUCCAAUCACAGCUGAUCACAUGGCACUGAUGAUCAGCGUGUCCUGAUGAUCAGUGUGUCCCAGAAGUGCCACCUGUCAGUGCUCAUCAGUGCCACGUGCCAGUGCCCAUCAGUGCCACAUCAAUGCCACAUAUCAGUGCAUACCAGUGCACAUCAAUGCCACAUAUCAGUGCCCAUCUGAGCUGCCUUUCAAUGUCACCCAUCAGUGCCAGUCAGUGCCACCUAUCAAUGCCAAUCAGUGCCACCAAACAGUGCUGCCAAUCAGUGCCACCUAUCGGUGCCAGUCAGUGCCGCCUAUCAGUGCCAGUCAGU